AUGCACAAGUUUGUGGUGGGCUUCCAUUUGCACGAUGACUGCCCGCAAGAGCUCAGCUCCCACACUUCUGCUAAGCUGCAGAAGCGUGCAGUGUCCCGGCCGAAGAAGCUUGUGCCUAGAGAUCCACGUGUAGAAGCUUGGAGAAAGAAUCUUCGACAUCCAUCGGGCGGUCAUGUUCAGCUGCGAGCCUUUCAUGAAGAGCUUCGGAAACGCCUACGGCAAGUGCGAGCACAAAAGCUGGAGGCAGAAGAUCAGACCAACACCUGCAAGCUGGCGUCCAAAUCUCUUUGCAGCAAGAUGAUCCAGAACCAGAAGAACUUCCACAACGACGACAGCUUCUUCGGCUUUGUCGAGGUCAAGGGCGAAACCAAAGUCGGCUUCCAGGGCUUG